CCUUCCCUUCCUCUCCAUCUUUUGAUUUCUCUGCAAUCCACACCUACGAGCUUCACAAACUUAUCUCCCUUAAAAAAAGUAGAAUGGCUAGUGUCACCUCUGCUGCUGUUGCCAUCCCCUCCUUUACCGGCCUAAAGGCCGGAGCAACCUUCAGAAUGGGCGGCGCCACCGCCAAGGUUGUGUCCACCCAUACCCCAAUUGUUGCCGGUGUGAAGGCAUCACUGAAAGAAGUGGGAGUAGCUGUUGUGGCCACGGCCGCAAGCGCAAUUCUUGCCAGCAACGCUAUGGCGAUUGAGAUCUUGCUGGGCGGAGAUGAUGGGUCGUUGGCGUUCGUGCCCAACAGCUUUAGCAUCAGCCCCGGAGAGAAGAUCAUCUUCAAGAACAAUGCUGGGUUCCCCCAUAAUGUGGUGUUCGAUGAGGACGAGAUCCCAUCUGGGGUCGAUGCUGCAAAAAUCUCCAUGAGCGAGGAAGACCUCCUCAACGGUCCUGGUGAGACCUACUCUGUCACCCUUAGCGAGAAGGGUACCUACGCUUUCUACUGCUCCCCUCAUCAAGGAGCUGGCAUGGUUGGCACAGUGACUGUUAAUUAAUUUAAGCUCUCAAGGAGGAUCUGUU